UUACGUAUCUGGGGGUGGAUUUCCUCAGCUGAUAAGGGACAGGUCGCACUACUGUCUAAGCCACAAAUACCUUAAAAUCAACACAGUUGAUCAGAUUUCAUUUCUGGCGCGUAUUGUGCGGUAAUAAACAUGAACCCAAAACAGGCAUUUUGCUUUGCUUUUGCCAUUCUACUUCUACAAAUUAUCGACAUGCAACAGCAGCAAAUGUUUGCCUUUUCAUCCAGUACCAGAGAUGGGUAAAUGAAUAUAUGUAAAUCCUGAAUGUCGCUUUUCUAAGAAGACGGCGGCAUUUAUGUAGAAUUCGUGUUGCGCCUUACACGUGGACCGUUCCUCGCCCAGCCGAAUCAUGGUUUAAUAUUCAUUACUUGAGCCCUUUGCUCAUCUUGCGGCCAUUUGUCGUAUUUUUUUUCUUUUUCUACCAAACCUUCAGCUGGCCUGAAGCUGGUCGAGCUAUCGCUCUCACUUACCACACUUGCUGAACUAUCGGACCGCUUAAGAAAAAUUCCGCUGGGGCUCGCUUGAUCAAAGAUCGGUCCAGCCAAUGUAGGAUCAAAAUGACUAAAAUUUUGGCUUAGGAAUGAUCCCGGCGCAUAAUAAAAAGGAAAACGUCCAUUCAUGGAGAAGUUGGCGGGUGAAUAUUAAAAUUCCAGCCGAUUGAUUAGUUUAACUGCAGGUCAUAUCCGGGUCAAAUGACUAGCGUCUAUAACGAUGUCUUUUAUUUAUUUCGAUAUUUCGAAAUCUGCCUUCCCACCCACACACUUUGGUGUCUUUAAAGUUUCUGCGGACUUUCCGAAAUUUUUAGAAAUUUGUGAAACACCAGAACACUGAAGUGAAGACAAUCGUGUUAAGUCAUGCCGAAUCAUUUCAACCUGGAGGAGUGUGAACGAUUCCUCCACGACGAAAACCAGUUUAGUCCAGGAGCGUCGAAACGCAUCGAAAAAUACCUUCAAAUUUCUCAAGAAGGCCUAGACGAGUUUUUGAUUCGAUUCCCAGAGAUGAUUCGAAAUGAAGAUCAAUUGUUUUAUAUCGUGCGAUUUAUGAGGGCGCAUCACAAGUUCGACACGCAAGAUCACGAAAGAAUUUUCAACAGUAACCUGUUUACAACUAUGGAGAGAAAAGUGACGGAGCUACUCGCUGUUGUGGAGCAAAAAGACCCUCACACGUAUUGGUAUUUGAUACAUGCCCUGCAGUCAAAACAUUCCCCUUUGUAUGAGCAUCUCCACGGAUCUAUAAAAUGUUGUGUGUGUAAAGAUAUAAAACAUAGAGAGAAAGAGGAGGAGUUACAUUUUUCAGAUUUGGAAAACGAAGGGAAAGUAGUAGUCCCCUUACUUAAAGCUUUGUGUGAAGCAAUUGAGGACAAAGUCUCCACUGGAAGAUCGUUCAUCGAAAGGAUGAGAACUGCGAGGCAAAACUUUCCUCCACAGCACUCUCACAUCGUCGAGUCUGGUGAACCCAAGAAACUCGAAAAAGUUAAAGAUAUCUUGAAUCCUACAAAAGACUGGACACCAGAGUUGGCAGAAGAGAUGCUCCGCACUUGUACCAGGAGGAAGCGAGCCUACAAAGCUGCUUUCAUCGGCUUGUCAGCGAUCACCCUCUUCAUUUUCCAUUCACUUCCGGCAUUUGAUUUUUUGUUCCUGUUUAUUUACUGUAACUUUUUGAUCAUGGUUAUAACCCUCUGACCUAAGCAAAACUCUACUGUUUUCAAAAACUGCCAUGAAACUAAUGAAAAUGUCUUAUAUAACCAAAAGUUUAAGAACCUGGAAAAGACAUUUGAAUUUCAAGGUAGGCGCCCCUAUGGAUCGUAUGUAUAUACUAUAUGACGUAGCACGAUGGCUACUCAAACAAUUGCUCUGAUGUUCACAGGAGUCCAAAUAGGAUCUUGAAGAUGAUACGUAGUAGCAACCUGUAAGUGUCAAAACAGUGGUCAGACGUCUGCGCAUGUGUAAAAGUUUGAUAAAGUUCAAAACAGAAUGGUAGAAGGUAAACUUAAUGUAAAUAUUCAGUAGCAUGACUUAAGCGUAAUCACCUGCCGAAGGCCUGCAGUAGAAAAAUACAAGAAAAAACUGUAAGUGUUCAUUAAGGGUUGACUGAAGUUUCGCCAGAAUUACUGCAUCAUGACCAAGAGAUUAUAGUCUCUUGAUCAAGAUUUAGUGGCUAAG